AUGGAAGGUAAUGUAAACGAAAUAACGUCGAGUAAUAGAGUGUAUCAACUGCGAAGGCAAAAUUUUCAGAAAAAACUAGUUGUUCAAUUAUGUUAUUUGGGGUAUCUAAUUAUUCUUUUAGAAUAUGUGAAAUAUGGGUGUACCAUAUGGACCUUGAUUCUAAGAACUAUUGUGCAAUCACUUUUAGCAGCACCUUUUCCCAAUGAUACUCAAAUAAGAAGACUUUCACUGCGUUCAGAGACGCCUGGAUCUAAUUAUUUCUCCAGAUUAUCCAAUGCAGUACCGAGUAAUAAUGGUAUAACAACGAUGCCAGGUGCAUUCUUUGAAGGUGGCCGUCAGGAAAACGUUACCAAUCAAGAAGAUCAGAUAAAAGAGGAGGUGGAUGAUAUGAAGCGUAAGAUAAGAACAGUACUUUUCCAUGCAUCAUUAACCGUAAACCUUCUCUACAUAUUGACGUCAAUUCUAUUCCCAGUAGAUUUUAUAGGACAAUUAGAAGGGAACUAUUUACGUGAGGAUGGAUUAACCAAUACACCUUCACCAUUUAACAAUGCCAACGGAUUUAUUCAGGGUGAGAGGAAAGGUGGAUUUUUCCUGCAGAUGAUCGGUGAGUCUGUACCACAGAGCAAUCUGAAAGGUAAUUUGGGUAUAAUAAUGUUUGAGAUGGCAAUUAUCUUAUGUCAGUUUGGAUUAUUUGUGCUUACAUGUGUUAAUUUUGCAGAUCUGGGGCAUCAAGAUCGACAAGUCAGCCCUCAAAGUGAUGGAUACGAUGGUAAAGUCCUUGUUACGCAGAUUGAUCCCGAUCGUGCGAUCGAAAUCGUCUUGGGGACGGACUCUAAUGACGAUGACCCAGGGAAUUGGGCACCUAACAUGGUUUAA